GCUUUACGGCAGGGAAGAGCUUCCACAUGGCCUCCUCCUGCCGGGCACGUAGUGGCGUGAGCGUGCAUGCGUGAAGCUCCGCGGGUACCAGGUACCAGGUUCAGCUUCAGGGGCUAAAAACACGCAGGAAAAGCACAGUUUGAGGCGAGCAGCCGCGCGUCGGGGCAGAUGGGGAAGAGUAAAAGCACGAGGUUCAAGCGGCCGCAGUUCAGCUCGGUGGGGCUGCCGGUGCGAGCCGCCAGGGAGGCGGACUGGGACGAGCAGGAGCUCGGGGAGGACGAGGAGGACAGCUGCCCCGCCGCGGAGCUGCUGGAGAAGCUGCAGAGCCCGAGCGCGGACGUGCGCGAGCUGGCGUGCGCCAGCAUCUCCCGGGUGGUGCAGCAGAGCCAGACCAUCCCCGGCCUCCUGCAGCGGGACGCAGUCCGACGCCUGGGUCCCAUGAUGCUGGACGGCAGCCUGGCCGUGCGUGAGACCGCUGCCGGCGCGCUCAGGAAUCUGAGCGCGUGUGGAAACCACGAGGUGUGUGAGGACAUGGUGAAGCACGACGUCAUGACUCCUCUGACGGCCCUGCUCAGAGAGUGUUGCUCAGGUUUUGACGGUGCCGCUGUGAGUGACCAGAGCAGCAACGUGGAGGUCGUGGCCAACGAGGCCAUGAACCUGCUGUGGAAUCUGUGUGAGAACAGCAGCCAGGCGCUGUCUGUCUUCAACAAAUCGGGUCUCUUGGAUGUGGUGGUCCAGUGUCUGGAGAGACACCCACACAACGUGGAACUGGCCACGUCUGCAGCCCAAUGUCUGCACACUGUGACGGAGGAUAACCCCGAGCUGCUCUGCAGCAUGAACGCCGCCGUGCUGGGAGCCCUGGAGAACGUGCUGCUGUCGUCCCAGCCGGCCAUGGCUCACACGCUCCUCAGGACGUUGGCUGCAGGUACUCUGUGGAACUCGAAGGGCAGCCUACCUGCCGCCCGCCAGGCCCAGACCCUCAACGCCGUGGUGGCCGCUUUGUCCCAGUGCCUGGACUUGGAUGCGGGCUUGUUGAUCCCUGAACUCAGAGAGGCAGAGGAGGUGCGCCAGAGAAAGUCCCCGCCAGCGGCGGACGUAGAAGAGCAAGCGGCGGGAGGCUUCGCUGAGGAGGAGAUGGACGAGGAAGAGGAGGCACCUAAGAAUAAGCGGAACGGAAAAGCUGCAGCCUCCGAUAACGACCUCUCGGACCUCCUUCCCAGGGGCAAGGAGGAGCUGAGGGAGGCAGUGGCCUUGCUGACAGCCCAGCAAACGUCCUUAGAGAUCAUUGUCAACAUGUGCUGCUCUGACGACCCCUCUGAUGACGAGUGGGAUGAGGAAUCGAGCAGCGAUGAAAGCGACAUGGGUCCGGACGGCCUUUGUGACGGAGUGUCCAACCUGAUGUCUCCACUGUGCCUGUCAGCCGAGGUCCAGGGCUCCCUGAUCAACCACAACAUACCAGAAAAGGUUCUUAAAAAGACGGACUUCCCCAGACAGGAGGCCGUACAGGUGUGCCGUCAGAAUCCCUCCUGGAAAGGCCUGACAAAGAGGAUGCAUCGCAUUCAGUCGCGGGCGCUGACGUGUCUCCACAGCAUCUGCUCCGCCAUGGAUGCAGAGGCUUUGGGCGGCGCGGCGGGCCUGCAGCAAGCAGCCCAGCACCUGUCCUCCAUGGUCUUCGGCGCUGCAGAGAUGCCCAAAGACGAGGAGUUUCUCGAGGCCGUCAUCAGUGCCGUGCGCUCUCUUUUGCAGAUAAUGGCGUCAAAAAGCAUCACUCAGUGCAUGACCCCGCAGCAGCUGAUGAGUCUGAGCGAAGCCGCUUCCUGCUGUGACGUCAUCAGCGUGAGGGUCAACGCCGUCGCCAUCCUGGGCAUCACCGGCAGCACGUUGGCCAAGGAGAAGGGCACGGCAGAAACCCUUCAGAUGAUUGGAAACGCCUUACUUCAAGUUGCAACGAAGGACGCCGACUUGGUCGUGAACGGAGAAGCCCUCGAUGCUUUGUUCGACGUCUUUGCGGACGGGGAGGAGGCAGAGACAGCUGCUAAAAACAUCAAUUUACUACCUGCACUUAAGGCACUUCAGCCUGUCUUCAAGGCGAAGAUUCGUAAGGAAGGAAGAGGUAAAUACAGCAUUCAACAGCUGUGUGUGCUGGAUAACAUCAAAGGCAAUCUGAGAAGAUUUAUUGGUUAUCUGGAGAAGGUGGUGAAAAAAUAAGGACAUUGUUUGCUUCAUACUGUGAUCAAUAUGCAAGUGUCUGGAUAUAGAUAUAUAAAUAUAUAUAUAUCAGCGGGAGCAUAAAAUGACACGAUAUGAAAUAAUAUGGUUAUUAAACCAUCAAUUAUUUAUGUUUAUCUUCUUUUGACAUUGGUUUUCCUUUGUGAUGUGAAAGUGUGUUGUGAGGAAAGAGGAGUAGAUUGUAUUAACUAGUUAAUACGUACCCCCAUCACAUUCACACACAUUUAAUGCACAUCGAUUAUCUUACUUGAAUGAAUCUGAAUCUGACAGAAAAAUUCAUCCAGGUAGGGAGAGCUUUUAUUUUAGUGACCUUCAUUCCCAUGUUUCAGUGGGCUUUACUUCAGUCCUUUUCUCACAGUGGUUGUACCAAAUUUGAGCAAUAAAACACCUUCUUGUUAA